CAAGUAUAAGGGGGUUGAACCGAGGACGUGUGGUUUCUUGGAAAAGUGGCAUCUGUGUGAGGAAGGCAAGUCUUUAGCUGGUCAUCAGCCACUCUGGACUUUAUACAACCACUGAGUCUGUCGCUCAAUUAAUCUGGAUUCUAAAAACCUGCUUUCAAGUUCCUAACCAUGAGGACAAACGUAUGGAUUUACCAAGCUGUGGUGUGUGUUGUGGUCACUGUAUUGGGCACAGGUUUUUGUAGGAGGACUCAUCAGUCAUUACAGAAGUAUGAGAAGACUGAGAAUCACCUGCUGGUUUGUACAGAAUGCCCUCAGCCCCCUUUGGUACGGAACAGCCGAUCGCAGGAACACUGCGCACACAAGUGCAAGAAGGUCAAGAAAAACUUCAACUGCAGGGCUUUCAACUUUCAGCGGCACAACAGGAAAUGCCACUUGCUUCCUUUUGACCGCUUCACCCAUGGUGUGCAGAAGCAGGCCAAUGUCAACUUUACUUUGUAUGAAAAAAAAGAUUAUAUAAGGGAGUGUAUCAUCGGCACCAAGGACAACUACAGAGGGAGGAGGUCUUGGACAAAGUCAAACAUCACUUGCCAAGCUUGGUCAGAUAAUAACAUCAAUGAACACACGUUUUAUCCUGAUAGGUACCCAACACAAGACCUGAGGGAAAACUUCUGUCGGAAUCCCAACAACGAUCCUGGUGGUCCGUGGUGCUACACCACAGACCCCAACGUACGAGCCGAGGAGUGUGGCAUACCACAGUGUUCAGAGGAAGUCUGUAUGACGUGUAAUGGGGAAGAUUACCGGGGCAAAAUGGACCAUACGGAGAGGGGCAAGGAGUGCCAGAGAUGGGACUCAGCAAGGCCUCACAAACACCACUUCCAGCCCAAAAAGUAUCGGCAAAAAGAUUUAAAGGACAAUUACUGUCGUAACCCGGAUAAUCGUCUUCGCCCCUGGUGCUACACCAUGGAUCCAAAAACUCCGUGGGAGUACUGCAACAUUACUGUGUGUGAUUCUGACUCGAGUGAGGACACAGAUGUCAAUGUAACAACAUCCUGUGUCCAGGGAAAAGGCACAGAUUACCGAGGCACAAUGAAUGUCACUCCGGAGGGUGUGACAUGUCAGCGCUGGGACUCACAGUUGCCCCAUAACCACUCCUUUCUUCCUCAGAACUUCAAAUGCAAUUUGUGUAUGUGUUUUAGAGAUCUCAGCGAGAACUACUGCCGUAACCCUGAUGGUGCAGAUUACCCAUGGUGCUUCACUACAGACCCUAAUCAGAGGAUAGCCAACUGCACCAACAUCCCCAGGUGUGAUGCUGAGGCCACACAAAAAAUAGAAUGUUAUGAAGACAACGGAGAGACGUACAGGGGCACUUUAUCCAUAACUCGAUCGGGGAUUCCCUGUGCAGACUGGUCGCAUCACAUAAACAGUGGGGAUUCUCACUCUACAGAAUCCCAUGUAGGGCUGGAGAAGAACUACUGCCGGAACCCGGACCGGGACAAACAUGGCCCCUGGUGUUACACCAAUCCAAAUAACCGUUUGGCCUGGGACUACUGCAAACUGCGGCACUGUGAAUCAGCUGCAGUGGCUCCUCAACCGAUCACUUUAACUGGGCCCACGAUAUCAUGCUUUGUGCAUAUAAGCACAAGAAUUGUUGGAGGACACCAAGUGCAAGGAACAGAUGGCAGCUGGGUUGUGAGCAUCCAAAGAGAGAAGGUUCAUUUGUGUGGGGGCUCAUUAAUCAGAGAAGAUUGGGUUUUGACAGACCAACAGUGCUUCACCUCCUGUGUUCCAGAUCUCAAGGAUUACAGUGUGCAGGUUGGUCUGCGCCACCUCAAUGAAUCCUCAAGCCACCCGAGACUACGCAUCUCUCGCCUGAUAUGUGGCCCAGAAGGAUCCAAUUUGGUUAUGCUGAAACUAGAAGAUCCAGCCCCUGUGUCUGAAGGUGCCUCCACUAUUCAUCUUCCAGUAAAAGAGUGUCACAUCACCGAAGGCACCAACUGCACCAUGUAUGGAUGGGGGGAAACUAAAAACACAGGAUACGAUGAUGCACUGAACGCUUUGACCAUGCCCAUGGUCAACAAUGACAUGUGCUCACAAAUUAAAGGGGAUGCUGGGGAAAGUAGAAUAUGUGCCGGUGGCAAGAGAGGAGAAGGCGUAUGUGAUAAAGACAAUGGCGGCCCAUUGGUUUGCCAGGAACAUGAACGCAAAGUCAUCAUUGGCGUGAGCAUCCAAAGGACAAAAUGCGCCUCAUCGCAGCCUGCACUUUUUGUUAACGUUGCUUUCUACUCUGAGUGGAUAUACAAAGUGUUCAAACUUUACCCUAGUUUGGAGAGAAACUGAUUGUGUGGUGUGAAAAUCAACCCCAUGCAUGACUUUACCACAGCCUGCAAGAGGAGGGCGACGGCUUUGGGCCAACAAAUUCCAAGACCGCUCCAGCAUGGACCACAGGGGAUACAUUAAGAAAAUCACCUAACGGAAAGUGCCCAUUUGGGGAUUUUGUGGCUGAAUUUGUCAUUUUAUGGAGAUGACAGAUUAGUAAUUGAAGACUGGAUAAACCGAUUGGAAUCUCAUCCGUUCUUCCACUUUGCAAAUGAAGACAUCCCGGUUUUUUACCUUAAAAUAAUUUUUUACAACCAAAGUCUCUGGCACAUUGACAGCAUACUAAUUGUAUUUUGACAUGUUCAGAAUUUCUGAAGCCAUGCAAACAAAGACAAUGAGAAAGACUCAGUAUUAUCUCCUGGAAUAUACUUGAAUAUGGACAAAACCCAGUUAUCUGGAGGUUACCACAUGAGGUACCCUCCUGUGACUGGGACUUUUUUAAUGUGUUGAGCGGGACUGCAAAACAUAUCUUAUUACUUCCAACACAUUUGAUGCAGAUGGAUAAUUGUGGUGUUCUUUAAUGUCAACAAAUAUACUAAUCUGAUCAUACAUUUAAGGAUACCUUACAAAUAUCACAGCGGAAAUGAUAAGUAUUAAUUCACCUUCUGAUAUAAUCCAACAAAGAACUAUGGUGAUACCAAAAAGGGAGGAAAAUAUAAGCAUGAAAAGGUAUCUAUUAGGUAGUAUAGACACUUAAUGUUCCAAUGAAAAAAUUGUGAUCAAGUCAAGCCUCUAAUCGAGCAAAGGUCAAUAUUUGGCUUCAGAUAUACCAGUAGUUAAGUAUAUAAAAUACACUAUUGCUGCUUGAAAAGCGAACUGCAGCAGCCUUGGCAAACCAUGCAGUGCUAAUUGUGUGCAGUAGCUAGACUACCUUUUCCCCAGUUAGCUGUAACUGUUAGAGUCCCCGUGAGAGGGUCUAAGUAGGACUGAGCAAACUGCUCCAAAAUCUUAUGCUAAUAUUUGUAGCAUGAGAGAGAGAAGAGUCAUGCCAAAUAUAACAUGGCUAUUUGGUCUCCAGUUUGGAGGGAACUUUGGCCCCUGGUGGGCUGUGUGUGGUCAGUAGGAUAUUUUAUACUUUUUUGUUUCAUGGAAAUAGACUCCUUAUGUACAUAAGUGCAGAUUUAUUGAGUAUGGUUCUGCUGUGCUGUAAGAUAUUAUAGGUCUUAUAGAUCUGGAAUAUUUUUGGUUCACUGAGUAAUAAUGUAAUGUUAUGGCUUCUUCGUGCCUCUGAUUAUGUUCGAUAUUUAAAGAGACUGGUAGCUUGUAAGUAGUAGUUAGGUAUAUUUAUUUUUUUAAAUUAGCAGAAGACACGGUUUGAAAAGAGUCCAGAUUUUGGUGUGAUAUUUAGAAUUUGUGUUUCUGUUCUGAGAGUAAUUAGAAAUAACAAGAAGACUGCAUGCAUGUAUGUUGUAUGUUGUAUGUUUGACUCACAGGUAGUAGCCACACAAACAUGAAAUAAUAUGCUAGGUUACAGUUUGCCUCAUUUGGUUUAACCUUCAAAUUUAGGAGCGCUUGUUGCGGGCUAAAUAAGUAUUGUUCUGCCCAGACUUUAACAUGCGCAUACUGCAUAUACACAAACACAAAAACUUGUCACAAAUGUGCGAUACUUUUAUCAUUAUGAUGUACUUCCACGUUAAAGGCAUGAAAAAAAAAUAUGGGCUUUAGAUUAAAAUACAAGAACAUUUUAUUUACAAAAAUAAAACAAAAAACGGAAACCUCUUACACCAAGUUUCUUGCAUUUAAGAUGAAGCCAAAUAAGUGAAUCAAUACAGGAGAUAGGAAAGGAGUACAUUAUCACUGGCUACAUGGCUACCCAAAUGACCACUUGCUUAUGAUUUUAUUUGUGUGAUGUUUGAUAGAAGUCAGAUCAACUUGUGCUGAUGAGGGUAUUUACUCAAUCAGUUGGACUAGAAAAAGGUAGUUUUUCUUACAAAUGUCUCUGUCUGCAACCAUUUCUGAAUUAGCUAAAGUUUGCAAAUAGCCAGAUGAUGCCUGUAGCCCUAAAUGCCCUCAAUGAUGCCCAAAUGGCCCUAUGAUUCCCCAAUCAUUAAGCAUUAAACGAAGUGUAUUUUACUCAUAUUUGUGUGGCUCCUAUGGAAAAGUUUAACAAUGUAUUCUAUUCUCAGCUCUGAGAUGACUGUUCUGAAUAUCACAUGGAAAACGGUACAUAGCAACAAAUGAACAAACAUUAAUAUUAGGGGCUUUCCCAUCAGCCGUUGAGUAAUUGCCGUUGCGGUUGGUUUCAAAGACCGUGACUGUAUACAUUUAAAUUAUAACUGUGGCCUUGAGGACAAAUUCAAUCCUCUUAUAGCCUUGCACAGGUUAAAACCAAGGUGAAAGUCUAUGAAGUAGCAAUUUAAACUAAGAAAGCGUCAUAAAAGGCAACUGACAUAUAAGAUAAGUGAAAUCAAAUAUCACAUAUUCUUGGUUAAUGUGGAGGAUCAAAUAAUUGUGUCAUAAAUUGUCAGCUGUGCUCUCACGGCGUUGUAACUGUUAUUUAAUUUACCUUAAUGUAAAUAGCCCGGAGCAUUCUGUACAUGACACUUUGUAAUUUUUGUAAAUAUUAUACUUAAGUAUUUUUACUACGUGAUCAAUCUGUUAAUAUGUUUGUACACUAUAAACUUUAAAUAUAACAGCUGCUAUUUUGUGUUAGUGAGUUGUUUUUAUAGCUAUGGCCUUUUCUGAAUUUUCUAGCCUUUGUAUUAUUCUUAUUUUAAUAAACAAUUUGACAUUGCAUUUA